GAAUAUCGCGGCGUUACCGAUUUGACAUUUCACAGUUUUUCUUUCUAGCUUUUUCAAUGUCUACGGCUUUGAAGUUGAUAAUUAAUUGUUUUUGCAGACAAGUAAUAUGUUGAAAACAGACGUAUACCUUUUAUAUUGAAUAUUAAGAAGCGAAUGUUCUUACAAUGAAUUCUACUGAACGAAGUCACUGCAAUAUAUUGGAUUUGUUUAAGGAAGCGAAACGCCAAAAACAUGGUUUCCUAAGAGUCAGUGCUCCUAUGGUCCGCUACAGCAAAUUGGAAUUCCGUCAUCUUUUAAGGAAGAACUUCGUGGAAUUGUGUUUUACUCCUAUGAUAAUAGCAGACUCCUUUAUAAAUAGCGAUAAGGCUCGACAAAAUGAAUUCCGCACAUCUUCAGACGAUCAUCCGGUAAUAGCACAAUUCGCAGCAAAGAAUGCCACAGAAUUUUCAAAUGCUUCCCAGCUUAUUUAUCCAUAUGUAGACGGAGUGGACUUAAAUUGUGGUUGUCCUCAGUCAUGGGCAAUAUCGAAAGGUUACGGUUGCGGUUUACUUAAAAGACCUGAAAAAAUUAAGGAUAUUAUACUCAAUAUAAGGAGAGUAUUAAAGGAGGAUUUUAGCGUUUCAGUAAAGAUGAGAUUAUUCUAUAAUGAGGGACUAGACUCAACUGUAGAUUUCGCUCGACAACUCGAAAAAUGCGGUGUCUCUUUCAUAACUUUGCAUGGGCGUAAUAUGUGGCAAAAAUCGUCAGAACCUCUAAAUGUGGCAGCUAUACAGGAUGUUAAACAGUCCCUCCAGAUACCCCUAGUUGCCAACGGCGGUGUGCGAACUUGGCAGGAAGCAUGCGAUUUACACGAACAAACCGACGCUGAUGGGAUAAUGGUAGCGCGCGGUCUUCUAUCUAAUCCUGCAUUAUUUAAUCCAUGCUACAAAAAUCACAACACAACACCAUUAAACUGUGUUCAGGAUUGGCUAAACGUAGGUGCACAAAAAGACAGUAGUUUACAGUUUAUGUGUUUCCAUCAUCAUCUCACAUUUAUGUGGAGCAGUAAUAUGAAAAAAAAACCACGGUUAGAAUUUAAUUCGUUUUCCAGAAAGCAACAAAUUUAUGAUUUCUUUAAAGAAAAGUAUCACAUUGAGCCAUCAGUUGUAAAUGCUAAUAAUCAGUUGAAAUAUCAAAAAUGUACUUACAAUCACUUUACGCCAGAACUCGCCCUAAAAGACUUAAAUGGGGAAGAGGCUUGGAACUCGAAUUCGCAUGGUAAAUUUUUUAAAGAAUUCCAAAAAAAAAUUGUGGAAAAGGAAGAUCAUUAUGAAUUGGAAAAUAGUUUUUUUAAUGAGCUUUCGUAAAACGAAAAACACGAUAAAGUUUCCUCCUUGAGACAAUUUGGAUUUUCAACCAACCGUAUUGGAUAUAAAAGCUAGAAAAAUUGCGUAUUUAUUGUCAGUUUUGCAUACUUUUAGCAUUCUAGACAGCUCUUCAACCAUUCAUAUAUCUAUACUAACAAUUUUUAUAUUAAACAAAAUUUCAGACUGUAUAAAAAGUAGAUAUCUAAUGAAAAUAAAACAUAACGUUACUUUAAAAGGAAGUUUCCCUCUCCUUCUUGGCUUUGAAGUAAGUAGGACAUUUCAGAUUUUUUGUGUCUAUUUGUUCUUCCAUUUGUAACACAGGUAAUAGCCUUAAAAAACCUUACUAUAUUCUUGAUUUGCUAAGGAUUCCGAGUUAUGGUAAAAAAAAAUUG